AUGCGAGUGACCGUUAUAUUUGCGUCGUUGAUAGCGAUCCAGCUGGUGGUCUGUCAAUCCAAUUUCAAAGGAGCCGGAGAACAAAACCUAUCACUGGCAACAAGGAUCACGCCUUCACAAGACUCAAAUCCCGAUGACAGCCGUAACUCGAGGCUGGAAGGACGAUUUGGAGAAUGGAUACUAAAGCGCGAUACCACGACAAUCACGGAUGCAGUUACAUCAACCUCCGCUGCCGAGAGUGUGACCUCCGUGACAACGACCAGCCGUUCCGAUGCGACGGCGACCUCAGAAUCCACGACUGCCUCGAGCACCUCAACAGCGUCUUCAUCAUUCACAACAACAACUACAGCAGCUACGACAACCUCAACUACAACAUCCAGUACCUCCAGCACCACCACCACAUCAUCCUCAUCCACAACAACCACAGCAACAACAACGACGACCUCAACCACCACACCAACCCCCACAGAAUCGGCAGAAUUAAAAGAAUGGAACCACCGUGGGACCAUCGCCGCCAUCGUCACCUGCAGCAUCCUGGGCUCCUUCUUCGUAGGCGCCUGCAUCGCCCGAUGCUUCCGCAAUCGCACCAAGAAACGGCGCAUCGAGGCGAGGAAGCAACUCGGCAAGGAAUCUUCUCUCUCCAUGUUGGCCCUGACCCCCGAGAACGGAAAAUCAGCGAGCCAGUUGAAGGUGGAUCGUGAGUCGAUCAUGUUCUGCGACGAGAGGAGGUCACAGCUGGAGAGCGUGCCGUCGUUGUCGGGGCAGUCGUAUUGGCAGGGGUCUGUGGCGCAUUCGUCCAUGCCGUCGGAGGAUAUGGGUCGGUCGAUGAGUAGUGGGAGGCAUACGCCGUUGGGUGUGAGGGAGCAGCAUGGGACAGCGGAGGUGUAA